AUGCCUCCCAUGGCACUGACCGGUAUCGUCACUAAAGUCGGUUGUAUGCACAAGACAGCCACAGUGACUGUUUCACGCCACAUUAUCCACAAAAUAACCGGAAAACGCAUUGAACGAAGCAAAAAGAUCCUAACACACGAUGAACGGAAUGGUCUUCGUGGAACAGUCCUUCGAUUGAGUGAUACUGUAUUAAUUCGCAAUUGCCCUCCGAUAUCCGCGCGGAAACGCUUUAAGCUGGAGAAGAUCUUGAAAAGUCCGGAGACGGAGCGGGAUUUGGCACACAUGCAGGCUGCACAACAACAGUCGUAG